CUCACAAUCAUGUCAAAAUUGUUGUUUAACGAUUACAUUUCGCAGUUGAAAAAACUUCAGCUUCGGAAUUGCCUAAUUAGAUAUUUUGCGGACAAUCGUGGUUCAAAUAAGGACAAAGAGAAUUCCAGUGGAGGAGGAGUAUUAUCGGAUAGAGGAACGGCGCUGGAAGGAUCCUACAUAAAAAAAUUGGACGACAAGAAUAUCAGGAAGCUGAGACACGAACAAAGGAGGAAGCGACGAGAGAAGUUCAUCGCAGAGGUGAAGAAGCAGUCUAGCGACGAUACAUCAUAAUUUAUGACAUUGACAUAUUUGGCUGCGUCAGAAUUAUUAUCGAUUAUGUCCACGAAAAGUUCUAGUACUGUAUUUCGGCGUAUGUAUAGAAACGCUCUUCAGCUGAAAGAGAAGGCCAACGCCCAGAACACCGAGAAGAUAAAGGAGGAACUGGAGGCAGAACGGAUCCGCAAGGAGAAAUUGAAGGCCAAGUUGCAGAAGGCCAUCAAGGAGAAGGAGAAGCUCAAGGAGAUGCAGAAGAAAAAGGAGAAGGAAUUGGAGAAGGUGCCGCAAGAAAAGAAAAAGAAAUCCGAAAAAUGACUUCUCUUCAAGCAUGCUAUACAUACAUUCUUUACUGAUUUUUAAAAUUUUACAAGUUUAUACUGAUUUGCUUACGAUUUUCUACAACACAAUAAAGCAUUUAAUAUAAA